CCCCGCCGCCGUCCCCGCCGCCCUGCGCGUCCCCGCCGCCGCGCUCCCGCUUCCCCGCGACCCCUGAGCUCCUGCGAGCCCGCUUGCCUGUCCCUUGCCUCUGUCGCCGCCACUGCGGGGCCAUGGCGACCUGCUCUCUGCUGCGGAGUUUCUGGGCCGCGCGCCUGGCGCUGCCGCCUCCCGGCCGCUGCCUCCGCCCGGCGUCCGCAGGAGCCCAGUGUCGCAGCUACGCCCGCGGCCCCGCUGGCCUCCCCGCCGACCUCCUCCGCGGGGACAGCUUCGUGGGAGGCCGCUGGCUCCCGGCCCCCGCCACCUUCCCCGUGCAGGACCCGGCCAGCGGCGCCACGCUGGGCACCGUGGCCGACUGCGGGGUGCCCGAGGCCCGCGCCGCCGUGCGCGCCGCCUACGAUGCCUUCUGCAGCUGGAAAGGGGUCUCGGUCAAGGAGAGGAGUUCAUUGCUCCGCAAAUGGUAUGACUUAAUGAUACAGAAUAAGGAUGACCUUGCCAAGAUCAUCACAGCCGAGAGUGGAAAGCCACUGAAAGAGGCCCAGGGAGAAGUUCUGUAUUCAGCCCUUUUCCUAGAAUGGUUCUCCGAGGAAGCUCGUCGUAUUUAUGGAGACAUCAUCUAUACCUCUGCCAAGGAUAAACGGGGGCUGGUCCUCAAGCAGCCUGUUGGUGUGGCCGCAAUCAUCACACCGUGGAAUUUUCCUAGUGCCAUGAUCACCCGGAAAGUGGGGGCCGCCCUGGCAGCUGGCUGCACCGUGGUGGUGAAACCUGCCGAAGACACGCCCUACUCCGCCCUGGCCUUGGCGCAGCUUGCGAACCAGGCUGGAAUCCCUCCAGGGGUCUAUAACGUCCUUCCCUGCUCUAGAACCAAAGCCAAGGAAGUGGGGGAGGUGCUGUGCACCGAUCCAUUGGUGUCCAAAAUUUCCUUUACUGGCUCAACAGCGACUGGGAAGAUCCUGCUGCACCAUGCAGCAAAUUCUGUGAAGCGUGUCUCCAUGGAGCUGGGCGGCCUCGCCCCAUUCAUUGUCUUUGACAGUGCCGAUGUGGACCAGGCUGUCGCGGGCGCAAUGGCAUCUAAGUUUAGGAAUGCUGGGCAGACUUGUGUUUGCGCAAACAGAUUCCUGGUACAACGGGGUAUCUACGAUUCCUUUGUAAAGAAGUUUGCAGAAGCAAUGCAGAAAAGCCUGCGUGUGGGUAACGGAUUCGAGGAAGGAACAACUCAAGGCCCGUUGAUUAAUGAGAAAGCAGUUGAAAAGGUGGAGAAGCAUGUGAAUGACGCAGUGGCCAAGGGGGCCACCGUUGUGACAGGCGGGAAGCGACACCCAAGUGGGGGAAACUUCUUUGAGCCCACGCUGCUCAGCAAUGCCACCACGGACAUGCUCUGCAUCACUGAAGAGACCUUUGGGCCCCUGGCGCCGGUUGUCAAGUUUGACAAAGAAGAAGAGGCCAUUGCCAUCGCAAAUGCAGUCAAUGUUGGAUUAGCAGGGUACUUCUACUCUCAAGACCCAGCCCAGAUCUGGAGAGUGGCGGAGCAGCUGGAGGUGGGCAUGGUCGGCGUGAAUGAAGGACUGAUCUCUUCAGUGGAGUGUCCAUUUGGUGGGGUGAAGCAGUCUGGCCUUGGGCGAGAAGGGUCCAAGUAUGGCAUUGACGAGUAUCUUGAGGUCAAGUAUGUGUGUUAUGGAGGCUUAUAGGGUUCUUCACUUCUUCAAAAAAGAAUAAAACUACUUAGAUCUAUAGGGACAUGCCAUCCAUCUUUUAAAAUAAACAAGUAGGUUAUCA